AUGUCAGAGAUUACCCGAGUCCAGAAUGAAGCCGAAUAUGAUGCGGCGCUGGCGCGGAUUUCCGAGCUGCUCGAUGCGGAACUGAAUACUCCCGAAGGAGAGGAACUCGACCGACUGUCCGGCCUGGUAGAGAUCUACGAAGCAGAGCGCUAUCCCAUGGCAGACCCGGAGCCCAGCUCACUGAUCGAAUUUUUGAUUGACCAGCUGAUGGUGUCUCAAGAACGUAUGGAGGCCCUGGCCGGGGGAAGCGACCGGCUGGACGCGAUGAUCUCGGGCCAAACGGCGAUCACCGCGGAAGUCGCCCAGGUUUUGCAUGAACACUCGGGCAUGCCCAUUGAAGACUUGGUCAAAACCCCGGCGGAGCCGGCGUCCGCCGCUGUGCCAGAAUGA